GAGUAACAAGCAAAAUGUUUUCAUACCAUUUUACAAAAAUAUUUUUUAUUCUAUUAUUUUUAUUUUUUAUUCCAAUUUUAUAUACUGCCAGCCCUUUAUCUUGUCUUAAAUGCAACAAGGAAUCUGAGCAGAUUACAGAGAAUUUCUUAAAGUAUUUGGAAACCACGGACUGGUACAGCAAGAAUGAACAGGAAAUGCUAAAAGGAUUUUUCUCUAAUGGCUACAAUGAUAUUAUGUCUAAAUAUGAGACAAGGAGACUAGAUCAUUUUGGAAUGACUGACUUGUAUGAGACAUAUAGAAAAAUGCUGAUAUCCAUAGAGGCCUCUGGAUUAACAGGAAAAAAUCUUGUUAACUUAAUGGAAAUGAAGAUACAAGAGCUAAAGGUGAAGGUUGAGGCCAUCUUUAACAGCUUUGAAAAUGACCGUUUGUGUCCAAAUCUGAAGAAUGACACAAAUUGUGGUGUUAUGGAGCAAAAGAUUAUUGACUGUCACACGUGCCAUCACCACACUGUACUGUGUGUUGGAGGUACAAAUGAACAUAAAUGUGACGAAAUGGUAGCUAAAUGUCCCAUGUGUGUGUGCCAUGGAGGAUCAUGCUACCAUAAGGAUACUAAGAAAGAGUGCAAUAUGUGCCCAGGAUACACAAAAUGUCUGAAUGAAGUGUUGCACUGUGCAACUCAAAAAAUAGAAAUUCAGGAAGGCGAAGACCUGGGUUUUGAAUGCUACUUCAAGUUUCUUGCCAGCAUAGAAGAGGACAUUGAAUAUGUAUUUGAUAAGAGAGCUAAUUUCAAGAUCCACCCGCUGAAAAGUGACAGCAUUCCUUACUUUAUAAAACAUUAUGCUACCAGGCAAGAUUCAGGACAUUAUACCUGCACUGUGAGGUCCAAAGAAUCAAAGUUUCCUUUUGCCAGAGAGGACUUUAUAGUUGAAGUUGUGGAAUCAGGAUCAAGAUCUAUGCAUUUGCCCCAUCCGACUGUUAUGCAUAUUGCCGCAGUGACUCUUGGUGAUGUCGUACAAGAGGAAGAAGAUGAUUAUGAUACAAUGUUAAUUGUUGGUGCUGCUGUUUUUAUCAUUGUAAUGUUCAGCAUCGUAUUUGGAAGUUUAUACCUUGUACGUGCUAGAAGAAAACAUUUGAAAGAUAUAGGUGAAUGGACAGAACAUAUGGAAGAUAUCAAGAAAGCAAAGUUGGUUGUGGAUAUCUUGGAAUUCCUUAACGACAAAAAGAAAGAUGCUAUAGAACAUUUCGCUCUUAGCAGUGCUGUCAGAGGUGGAGUUGACAGUGAACCUUAGCAAGAAAGUAUUCAAGUAUCCAGCUUCCAAUGACUGGGCCAGCUUAUCAUGGUUCAAUGUCAGCUGGACUUGUAACUUCUAUAUAUAAAAAGCACCAACAGAAGAUAGACCUUAUGGACUGAAGGGAGGGAGAGGAGGCCAGAAAGGCUCUCAGUACAAACUCAGUACAAGAGAGCCAGAAGAAAUUGUGAACUACAGAGUAAAUUACAGACAGAAUUCUUUAAGAUUGUUCAUUAAAAUUUUUAAUGAAUGUUUAUGUACAUAAUUUUUUUAUAACAUAUAUACGAACACUAAUAUAUAUAUAUAUAUGUAUGUCCAAAAGAGACACUCAUGAAAACAGUCUCAAUAAUGCUUGUAUGCUUGGGAAAAUAACUACUUAAAGCAAAAAAAAACAUAUUUGCCCAAGCCCUGGAUAUUUAGUGCAAAUAUCCAGAUAUAUGAGGCUACUUAUUUUUGUUUUUUAUGUGAA